AUGCUGUACGGUGACUACCCCGAUUCCGGUCUCGAUAUAUUGAUUGUCGGCGCCGGCCUUGCCGGUCUUACCGCGGCAAUCGAGUGCGUGCGGAAAGGCCACCGCGUGCGGGUCUUGGAACGCGGUGCAGAUAUCAACACAAUGGGCGACAUGUACUUUAUGGGUCUGUCCGGUACCAAGUUCUUCAAACACUGGCCAGCGAUGAAGGCAGAGUACGACGAAAUAUCGAUGCAGAGCUGUUUCCUCGAGACGUUCAAACACGACGGAGAGCUCAUGAUUCCUGCGAUGAAGGUGUCCGAACGGUUGCGCGCCAUCGGUCUGGAUCCGAACACGCCGCCCGGCGCCUUCCAGAUGCGGCCACUCGUGUACAAGAUGUUUAUCAAUCAAGCCGAGCGACUGGAGAUUCCGUUUUUGUUCAACAAGCGCGUAACAAGAUAUUUCGAGCACGAGAAUAAAGCGGGUGUGGAGACCGACGAGGGUGAGAAGUUCGAGGCGGAUGUCGUGAUUGCUGCCGACGGCAUUGGCAGCAAGAGCCAGACCAUCGUUGGCGGGAAAGUACGAGCGGCAAGCUCUGGCCGCGCCAUGUGGAGGGCAGUGUUCCCUGCCGAAGUGCUCGAUAAGGACCCUGAAGUGAGGGAGUUCUUUUCGAUGAAAGGCGAGGACCCGAUCGUGCGCACAUUCCUCGGUCCGGGAACUUACGGUCUCACACUCAACCGCGAAGGCACAGUAGUUUGGAUCAUCAACCACGAUGCGACUGGUACUGAGAAGGAGUCAUGGUCCCACACCGUGUCCUCCGAAUCCGUCCUGGAGAAUAUGGACAAGUCGCUCACAUCGUCCACCGCCCCCGAAUGGGCGCCAAUUCUGAAGAAGCUCAUCGCUCUUACUCCUCCGGAUACCAUUGUUAACUUCGAGCUCUUUUGGCGCAAUCCGCAACCGAUGUGGCAUUCGCCUGGCGCGCGCGUGGUCCAGAUUGGCGAUUGUGCACAUAGCUUUUUGCCGAGCUCAGGGAAUGGCGCAACACAGGCAAUUGAGGACGCCGUCAGUCUGGCGAGCUGUUUGGAAUUGGGCGUAAAGUUGGAUGGCAAGAGCGCCGUGCCCGACGCUGUGAGAAGCCAUGUCAGGCUACGGUUCCUACGAUGUGCGUGCGCGCAGAAGCUGGGCUUCUCGAACGCGGAGCGGUUGCAAGACACCGACUGGAACAAGGUCAAGAUCGAUCCCAAGAAGGCGCAGCCGAAGCAUCCGAAAUGGGUCUGGGCCCAUGAUCCAGAGGAGUAUGUGUACGACAAUUAUGAGAAAUGCCUUAAGGGUAUGAGGGCUGGUGUGCCGCUUGACCAGGACCCAAAUAUCCCACCAAACUAUCCUCCGGGAUACAAGUGGGAGCCUUGGAAUAUCGACGAGAUCAUGCGCGAUCUGGAGGCGGGUGUUGCUGUAGAGCUGGGCUCAGGCAACUGGGACUGAUGAUAGACCAUGUACACUUAGUAGUUUAGGCGUCGGAUGAGUCGGGUUCCAUCUGUGACCGGAUAUAAUGUGCGUCGAACACCAUAUAAUAACUUCCAGCGUUGUCAUUGUCUGUGUGCAGGCGAUAUUC